AUGCGACUUUUGAAUGCCCGAACACUUCAGUUCCUGGAAAUCGAUGAUCCACGCACAAUUCCCAAGUAUGCCAUCCUUUCUCAUACCUGGACCGACAAAGAGAUAGUCUUCUCUGACCUUAAGUCCUCACCUCAACUUGCUCAUCAGCGUCCCGAGUUCACCAAAGUCAAGUUCACAGCACAACAAGCACUCGACGAUGGACUGGACUACAUCUGGGUCGACACCUGCAACAUAGACAAAUCUUCAAGCGCUGAACUUUCCGAGACUAUCAACUCUAUGUUCAUGCUCUACAAGAAGGCCGAAGUUUGUUAUGUCUAUUUGGCAGACGUCACAGAGCCACCUCCGGCAGGAUGGACUGACGACGGGCAGAAUGACGAUGCUUGGACGGAGACAUUCACCAAUGCUAGAUGGUUUAACAGAGGGUGGACACUCCAAGAACUGAUUGCACCUCGAAAUGCAGUCUUCUACACCAUGGAUUGGAGACGCAUUGGAACGAAGCGAGAAUUGUGCCAGACAAUUGCACGAAGAACGGAUAUUCCCUCAACGAUUUUACUUGGAGGUGACUUCGGAAGAACUCUAGUGGCUGAACGAAUGAACUGGGCAGCAAAACGAAGAACUACUCGAGUAGAAGAUCAGGCCUAUUGCUUGCUCGGACUCUUUGACAUCAACAUGCCACUGUUGUACGGCGAAGGCGAACGGGCAUUCCUCCGCUUGCAACACGAAAUCAUCAAGAACAACAAUGACAGGAGCAUAUUUCUCUGGAUAGCAAUAGAAAAAUCGCGCACCUCUUUCCGUAACCUCUUUGCACGUGCUCCAGCAGAGUUUGCCUCAUUCCAUGACUACGAUCUUGAAGCAAAAUAUGGUCGUUUUGAAGUGACUCAAAGCGGCCUGGAGAUUGAUUUGCCGUUGACUGAAGUACCUGGCAGCCGCGGACGUGAGUUCUUCGGAAUUGUGGUCGACGCUGGCCGAGGGUAUCAUUGCGUUCGUCUGCGGAAAAUCGGCCCCAAUGAGUACGCCCGUGUUGAUGCGGAUGAGGUCUUCCGUAUUCUAAAUCCCGACUACAAUCCGUUCGCAAGGGAGAAUCUGCAUGCACACUCGCAGUGGAUUACGGUCCCAAACAGAUUUGACAACUUUAGCUACCAAUCCUAUAUGGACUAUCGUCUUGGAGGCUUCUAUGUUGAGUGCUGCCCGAUCGAGUUGCAGAUCCACAGCGUCGUACCAAGCUAUGCUUGGGACCAGGAAACAAAAAUUCUGGAGUUGGAUUGUUCCAAGAGCCUGAAGCCGUUUGAGGAAGGAGAGGAUGGCUUGAAGAUUGUAUUCGGUGAAGUUUCACAUCCCGAAACAACAUUCGAAGUCAAGCUCAUAGACUAUAUGCGGAGGCCUAACGAAUGGACGAGAAUCGGGUCCUCGCCGUCGAACGAAAAAUACGGAUACAUGCUCCGCAUAACUAAGCGAUUUGUUGGGGAUAAGUUAAUGAAUGUUGUUCGAAUUGAUUAUCAAAUCGAAGAGGAAGGCGGCAUGAAGAUCUCCAGCGAGAAGAACCCCCUCCCUGGUCGGUACAUUUCGUACAGAAACCCGUCAAAGGAAGAGCACGCAAGGUUGCUUGAAACCUUGGCCCGAGAACGGGAACCGGACCGGGCUACGGGUUCGGGGGGAGUUGUAAUAGAAGAGGACCUAUCAGGCUCUGAGGAUGACCAUGUCGCCCACAUGCCGGACAUUUCGACGGGAGAUGGAGAUCGUCAAGGAGAUCCCUGA